UCUCUUGAACCCGUCAGCUUGUGGURCGGAUUAAUUCUUUGUCAUGCAGAUGAAGGAAACAAGAGGGCCUCGRACGUCACUCUCGACAAUGUUUUUCAAUAUUUACCAAAGGAUUGUGAUGAAGUCGUGAACAGCAUUUUAAUAUGAAACUACGAGAUUUGUUUUUUUAGCGGUCGAAGAUAACCCUUUCACGGAACCCAAUCAUUGUGACCAAGCUCACAGGAAACUGCAGAUUAAGCCUCGCUGUCUUUGAGCUUUUUCCCAACGACAACAGAAGCUAGAAAACCCCUGAAUUAAGGAACAGUAGAGUGGAGCUAAGAUGGGAAAAUAUCUGAGUUGGCUGUUGGUUGUUAGUGGUGUUUUUGUGUCGGCAUCGACUACAAUUAUCUACCCUCAUCUUCAAUGGGAUCCUAGGAAUCUUUUUUUCCAAGAUAACCACUCCAUGAAUGUCCAACCAAUGUCCCGAAUCAACAUCGUCUGCCCGAAUCCCGCUCUUGUUCCCGCCAAAAUCCAAAACACCAUCCCCAAAGAACAACURUUUGAAAAUAUCUGGAUAGUGGACAAGGCCUCAUAUGAUGGAUGUAUCGUGGACACAAGUAAAAGUACCAAUAGGCUGGUCAUGAAGUGUGAUGAUCCGUUGAGUCUAAACUAUUACACCAUGGUGUUCCAGCAAUUCAGUGCUACUCCGGAUGGAUUGGAAUUCCAACCAGGGCAGAGYUAUUAUUUCAUUGGUACUUCCGAUGGAACCCAGACCUCCCUUGGCCGGAUUUCCGGUGGACACUGCGCAAGUCACAACAUGAAGAUGGCURUUUAUGUUUGCUUUGACUCAAGUGAUCCAAAGUGUCAGCYAGCAGCACCAACCACAGCAAGCCCAGUCACGUGCCCGACCCAGCCCACAACAAUUCCUCAAUACACAGGUUCAAACAAUAUGAUGUCAAUCUCCAACAAUACAGACCUGCUUCCACUGAUCGCAAACCAAACCAACCUUAUCCCUGAAAUAUUGAACGCUUUACAAAACAUGACCAYCAAACUGGACGCCGUCAAGGAGAAGCUAGAUAACUGUUCAUUGGCAUCUUCUGGGAACACUGGGAAUCAAGUGAUUCCAGUACGCUCAACCUGUGCGGCUCACUACAUGGCAGGGGUAGCAAAGACUGGUAUAUACCCCAUCAAUCCCGAUGGCCUUGGACAAUUCGACAUACUGUGUGACCAAACGACAUCCGGUGGGGGGUGGGCAGUGAUUCAAAAACGCUACGAUGGCUCGGUGAACUUCACGAGAGGAUGGAAUGAAUAUCGUGAUGGUUUUGGRUCUCUGAACGGUGAAUUCUGGCUAGGACUAGAGAAGAUUCAUCGGUUGGCAUCCACGCCUGUGCAGUUGAGAGUAGAACUAGGAGCUCCAGACGGCGAAUCGAAGUUUGCAUUGUACUCGGGAUUCAAAAUUGGAAAUUCCACAAGCAAGUACACGCUCACCGCAGGAACAUACAUAGCUGGAGAUGCAGGCGAUGCAAUGACUUUCUCAGACGGCAUGAAAUUCUCCACAAUUGAUCAAGACAACGACAGCUGGGAUCAACACUGUGCUAGAUACUUCAAUGGGGCGUGGUGGCACCAGAUCUGUCACAAAGCCAGUCURAAUGGGAUUUAYAGAAACGGGUCCCAUCCUGGCUACUUUGGAGAUGGAGUGAUAUGGGAAACAUGGAGAGGGUACCAAUACUCGUUGACCAAGACAGAAAUGAAAAUAAAACCUUGAGGAAGAAUUC